AUGCCCACUCCGGAACAUGUCAAGUCCAUCUUCUCCGGUGUGCUUGAGUCCUCUUCUGCGAAAAACGUCGCGCGCAGCCUAGCGGUGGGAGCGCUCGUAGGGAUUGGCCUACGAGGCAUGCAGUCCAUCGCGACGAUGGUUGCAUGGCGUCUCAAAUUGCGGGACAGUGAGACGGGUGAGCCGGCACCCGGACCGCCUCCGCUCCCGUUUAUAGGGAAUGUCCUUUCGCUCAGAACAGGCUAUUAUGAAACGCUGUACAAGUAUGUGGACAAGCCGGCGAGCGUGUUCUGGGUCAUGUCUACGCCUUUUGUUGUCCUGAAUGACGAGGAAGGGCUGCGGAGGGUCCUCGGCGGGUCCAAUGGUUUGUAUGCGAAGCCCAAGUAUUUUGGGUAUCGUUCCAAGGCGGUCAAAAAUGCUGUCGCGGUUGAGCAGAAGACAGUCGAGAAGGAAUCGUUAGAAUACAAGAACGAUGGUGACACCUCGCGCGUUGCUCUGGAGAACAUGGUCAUCGACUCGUUGUGGACGAUGAAAGUCGCCAUGAAUGAGUUGUUGACCCUGUUAGCCGAGGCCUCGGAGGAAGUAGCGGCGGACAAGGCGACUUCAGGCACAGCUGUUUUAUCGUCUGUCCGCACUGCGAUUGUCAAGCUCAACCUCGACGUGCUGUUUGAUCUGACGGACAGCUCGAUCGGUCCGUCGAAAGCAGAAGAUAUCAGCAGUAUGAUCGGGUUUGCGGGAAUGGAGUUUGCUCGGCGGAUGGUGAAUCCCUUCAAGGCGCUUGUGGACAUACCCGGAAACGUUCGGUACUUCGGUGAUGUGAUGGGGCUCAUUUCGUUUGGCCGACGACUUUGCCGCGUCCUGGACGACACCGCAGAAGAGAGGGAGGGGUUGGAGUCGGCGCCAGAGGCCGAGGCUGUGAAAAGCACAGCGGGGCUGAGCUGGGUGCACGCGUGGGUGGGCAAGGUUGGAAAGAUUGGCAAGCUGGGCAAGGUAGUAGGGCUACUCAUGGCGUCGACGCAAACGGUCCCGUUAACGGCGGUUUGGAUGCUGCAUCUGGUGGCGAACGACGACGGGGUGCGCAGUCAGCUACGGGAGGAGCUGCACGGCAUCAGCGUGCGCUCCGCGUGCGAUCUACAGUACGACGACCUCGGCAAGCUGCCGCUGGCCGACGCCGUCGUGAAGGAGACGCUGCGGCUGUACCCGCCGUUCCCGCUGAUCCAGCGGGAGGCGCAGGGCGCGGACGUGCUGUGCGGGAUCACGAUCCCGGCCGGCACGCCGGUCUACGUGGUGCCGUGGCUGGUGCAUCGCAACCCCAAGCUGUGGAGCGACGCGGACUCGUUCAAGCCGCGGCGGUUUCUGGAAAACGCGAGCCACGGGGACGCGCCCAGCGACUGGGCGUUCCUGCCGUUCGGGCGGGGCGUGCGCAUGUGUGCAGGUUCGAAGCUCGCGCUCACUGAGCUCAAGGUGCUGCUUGUGCAUGCCGUGUUGGAGUAUGACAUUGUCAGCGAGGGCCGGGCGAUGGGGAGAGGCUCGAGGUUCCCCGAGCUGGGGAUGAUCCCGGAGGGGAUCGAUAUGCGCGUGAGGAAGAAGACGAGAGGGAGGUGA